CACCCAAACCCACACACCAUCGAACCACAUCUGACUUCCCAUUAAUGCCCCCAACCCAACACAACAACAACCUUCAUCUCUUUUCUUUUCUGAAAAAACUCUCAAAUUCAUUUCAUUUGAAUCUUCAUUUCAUUUCCCAUGGGCAAGAAAAUGAAGCUUCCUUCCCUUCUCCACAACAAGAACUCACACCCCAAACCUUCUUCCACUUCCUGGCCAUGGCCCUCUUGCCACCAACCUCGAACCCUCUCUUUUCGAGACCAAAACGAUGUCGCUUUCAAAACCAUCAACCCAGCCUACUUCGACAUGCCCGAGAGCUCCCACUCCUUCUUCACUGUCUCUCCUGACUCUGGAAGCUUCUCUACCGCUUCAGAAGAAGAUUCUAGAAGACCGGAUUCCCUUGAGACCCUCAUUCGCCCCUUGCCUUCCGACCGUUUGUUCUUCCACCCCGACCAGACAAGCUCCAUAUUAGAGUCCAAAGCAGGAACAUCAACACCAACACCAACACCAACACAAACACAAACAACUACAACACCAACAACAACGUUGCCCUUCAAAGACAGCGUGGUUAUGUCUGUGGAGUCUCAGGACCCUUACGUGGACUUCCUCAGGUCCAUGGAAGAGAUGGUGGAAGCCCAGUGCGUUAAAGACUUUGAUGGUCUCCAAGAGCUUUUAUGUUGGUAUUUGAAAGUCAAUGGAAAAAGCAACCAUGGUUAUAUUGUUGGUGCUUUCAUUGAUCUAUUGGUGGCUUUUUCUGAUAUAAACUCUCAUUCUCCUUCUUCCCCUUUGUCAUUCUACAGCUCUUCUCUUUCUUCCUCUUGCAGCACUCACUGUGUUUCAUGUUUGGAAGCUGAGGACGAGGUUGAUACAGCUACCCCUAAUUCUUCUUUCUUGUUAGAACAAGUUAGGGAAGACCAGUCUUCAUCUUCUUCAUCCUCUUUGAAUUAAAUACUCAUUAAGGCAAAUAUUAGUUAUCGUCUUUGUACCCUAUCAUACUUGGCACUUUGUGUUUAUAGUUAGUAGUAUUUUUUUUUUUGUUGAAUGGCACUUUCAUGGUUCUUUUUCUCCUGUAUAAUCUGUGUUUAUGGGAGUCACACUUAUGCAGGAAAUGCAACCAUACCAGGAAAAUGGAGCUAGGUUGUCAAUUUUUGUUUCCUUAACUGCAUAAGAAGCCAAGGAUUAGAAAUUUCUUAAUUUAUCUUAAAUUAUAUUAUUAUGCUUACAAA